GAGCUGAGAAAUGUCUUAAGAUCAUGGAAGGGAAGUGGUUACUGUGUAUGUUACUUGCCCUUGGAACUGCCAUCAUUCAGGCUCAUGAGGGACAUGAUGAUGAUAUGAUUGAUAUUGAGGAUGAUCUCGAUGAUGUCAUUGAAGAGGUAGAAGAUUCGAAAUCAAAACCAGAUACCAGCACUCCCCCAUCUCCAAAGGUUACCUACAAAGCUCCAGUUCCAACAGGAGAAGUUUAUUUUGCAGAUUCAUUUGACAGAGGAUCUCUGUCAGGGUGGAUUUUAUCCAAAGCCAAGAAAGAUGACACUGAUGAUGAAAUUGCCAAAUAUGAUGGAAAGUGGGAGGUAGAUGAAAUGAAGGAAACAAAGCUUCCCGGCGAUAAAGGACUCGUACUGAUGUCUCGGGCCAAGCAUCACGCCAUCUCCGCUAAACUGAACAAGCCCUUCCUAUUUGAUACCAAGCCCCUCAUUGUUCAGUAUGAGGUUAAUUUCCAAAAUGGAAUAGAAUGUGGUGGUGCCUAUGUGAAACUGCUUUCCAAAACACCAGAACUCAACCUGGAUCAGUUCCACGACAAGACCCCAUAUACAAUUAUGUUUGGUCCAGAUAAAUGUGGAGAAGACUAUAAAUUGCACUUCAUCUUCCGCCACAAAAACCCCAAGACGGGUGUAUAUGAAGAAAAGCACGCUAAGAGGCCAGAUGCAGAUCUGAAGACUUAUUUUACUGAUAAGAAAACACAUCUUUACACAUUAAUUUUGAAUCCAGAUAAUAGUUUUGAAAUACUAGUUGACCAAUCUGUUGUGAACAGUGGAAAUCUACUAAAUGACAUGACCCCUGCUGUAAAUCCAUCACGUGAAAUUGAGGACCCAGAAGACCGGAAGCCUGAAGACUGGGAUGAAAGACCCAAAAUACCAGAUCCAGAUGCUGUCAAGCCAGAUGACUGGGAUGAAGAUGCUCCUGCUAAGAUUCCAGAUGAAGAGGCCACAAAACCUGCAGGCUGGUUGGAUGACGAGCCUGAGUAUAUACCUGAUCCAGAUGCAGAGAAGCCAGAGGAUUGGGAUGAGGACAUGGAUGGAGAAUGGGAGGCUCCUCAGAUUGCCAACCCUAAAUGUGAGUCAGCUCCUGGGUGUGGUGUCUGGCAGCGACCUAUGAUUGACAACCCCAAUUAUAAGGGCAAAUGGAAGCCUCCCAUGAUUGACAAUCCUAACUACCAGGGAAUCUGGAAACCCAGGAAAAUACCAAAUCCAGACUUUUUUGAAGAUCUAGAACCUUUCAGAAUGACUCCUUUUAGUGCUAUUGGUUUAGAGCUGUGGUCCAUGACUUCUGACAUUUUUUUUGACAACUUUAUCAUUAGUGGAGAUCGAAGAGUUGUUGACGAUUGGGCCAGUGAUGGAUGGGGCCUGAAGAAAGCUGCCGACGGGGCUGCUGAGCCAGGUGUAGUGGGGCAGAUGCUGGAGGCAGCUGAGGAGCGCCCAUGGCUCUGGGUGGUCUACAUUUUGACUGUAGCUCUGCCUGUGUUCCUUGUUAUCCUCUUCUGCUGUUCUGGAAAGAAACAGCCCACUGCUAUGGAGUACAAGAAAACAGAUGCUCCCCAACCAGAUGUGAAGGAAGAAGAAGAGGAAAAGGAGGAGGAUAAGGAUAAGGGAGAUGAGGAGGAAGAAGGUGAAGAAAAACUUGAAGAGAAACAAAAAAGUGAUGCUGAAGAAGAUGGUGGUACUGUCAGUCAAGAGGAGGAUGAUAGGAAACCUAAAGCAGAGGAGGAUGAAGUUUUGAACAGAUCACCAAGAAACAGAAAGCCACGAAGAGAGUGAAACAAUCUUAAGAACUUGAUCUGUGAUUUCCUAAUCCCUCCCCUUCCCUGCAAGUGUGGUCCUAGGAGAGGGCCUGGCAUAUCUUAGGUUGAAACUCAGAAAACCUCAAGACGACACCACCAACAGGUUCCAGCUGAACACUAGUCUGUGUAAUUUUAAACAUCUAGCAGUAAAUAAUUGCAGUUGUGACAUAAAGGGCCCUGUUUCUGUAGAAAAGAAAACAUUUAACAUAAUGGUUGUGAAAUGUAACAUGAAGCAACUAACUUGCAUUUUUGUUUUGUUUUUAAACUUUUUUUUUAAAUAGAAUGAUAGAAUUUUUGUCAGUCUAAAAUCUUGGCUUAAUUUAAUAUAUUAAUCUGUCCAUGCAGAAUAACACCAACAUUUAGAAAUGCUGGGGGUGGGGAGGGUGAAUUGCAGUUUUUACAACAAUUUUUUUUAAGUUUGGUAUUAUAAAACAUUCAAAUGUCCCUUAAAACUGAUAAUCAUGUUAAAGUAAAGUUAUUUGUGGUUAUAAUCUCAUUUUGAUAACUUCCAUUACUCAAUUCCUCCUAAGGAAUUGAGGGAGACGGAUUGAAUGGAAGCCCAAUUUUAUAUAUAAAAGUUCCAUUUAAGUUGUAUUAAAAAUAGACAUACAAAAAAACCCUUUUCACUUGAUGUUGGUUAGACCAUAAAGUUUGUGUGUUCUGUUGCCCUUCAAACUGCUCAGUUCUCAAGGCAGCUUUUGCAGUUAGUGGAGGAGGUGGUUUAAUGCAGCACUCAGGCAUUUGUACUUGACACAUAGGGAGUGUCUGUGCUCCAGCCUCCUGGAGUGUGUGGCUUUUUAAGGGAUGGGAUGGGACAGGGCAGGUGGGGUCCGGAGUAGAUGUGUUCAUCACUUGUUCCACUGUGUUAAUACUGUUUUCCUUACCUAUCCCCCCAUCCCCAGCUUUCUCCUGCUAUGCAUUUUCUUCACAGCGCAGCUUGCAGUCCGUUGCUGAAAAUGAUUAUAAAGCUCUGCAUAGUGUUAAAGCUUAUUGUGAUUUUGUGUAUGUUUCUUUUUAAGCAGACCCACGCCUUUCCAGGGUCAAAGUACAGGAUAGAAUACAAACUUUCAUUUUUAUCCAUUUUCUUUUCUCUGUGUAAAGACUUCAGAAGUCUAAUUCAGAGGUGGGCCAAUUCAGAAUUGACUGUAAUUGAUCACAUGCUAAAAGUAUUUAUGGGAAGAGUGACAUAUAGCAUGAAUUAUCUGAUUUUUGUAGGGUAUUUUAAGACUUCAUUUGCAAUUCAUGUAACAGUUGUGUCUUAAAUUUACACAAUAAAGCAGUCCUGUUCAAUUUUUUUUUUUUUAAUGUGGCUUGAAGAAUUUUUUUCAAGUGAAUUUUAGAUCUGCUUUUUUCAUGUGGAAUGCAGAUGGGUGCUAUCAGAGCCUCUUCCCCCAUCACUAUAGUAUAAUAUCAUUAUUACACCACACUGAAAUGUAUUCAGAAACAGAUGUUGUUUCAGUCUUAUUCUUUCUUAAGAGGCGUUUCAGUCAUACCGAAGAUACUGUUCCUUGCACUGAAUAUAUAAACACUCCACAGUGUUUAUAUUGGGAAGAUACUGAGAAGGAAGUAUAUUUGUUAAAGAUGAAGACUGUAUCCAUUUAUUUUCUCUUUUUUUUUGAUUUAACACUGGUUCACUUAAAUUCUUUUGAGGUUCGGAUGCAUUUUUCUUGCUAUUCAGUGCUUUAUCCUUCUCAUAUCUGUUGUUCUGUGGUCACAGUGACCUUAGCUAUGUAGCAGACUUUCCCAAAUGUAUGGAGUGCAAAUAAACAGUUACCUAGCAAGAACUGAAAAUAUGCCUGCAGGUUUCUCCUUGAAGCAAAUGGGUGGGGAUUGCUGUAUUUUAUGCCCACUUUUUUUCCCAUCUGAGCUGUGAAAAGACAGAUUUAAAUCAUUGAUGUUCAUUUUCUUUCCAGGGUUAUUUACCAAAAUUUCUACAACUACCACCAAAAGAAACACCUUUUCUUGGUGAUUUUUUUUUUUUUUUCUUUCCAGUUUUUGUUGAAGAUACAGCCUCCUGGCCUGACACAUUAAUGAAUAACCAACAGUUUGCAGCUUUUAAAAAAACACUUAUAGCAGGGGGCCAAUGACUCACGUCUGUAAUCCUAGCUACACAGGAGGGUGAGCUCAGAAGGAUUGCAGUUUGAAGCCAGC